AUCGAGCUUCUCUGUGUGUGGAUGAAUCGUGUGGACGCCGUGAUUUCAAGAAGACCUAAUAUAUUGCACGAAUUACAGGCAUAUUUGCCCAAUGAUACAGCUGGUUUACGAAACACGCGCUCUUGAUGAUAAGCACGUUAGCAGGUUGCGUUAGGUUAAAGUCAAAACUGAUGCUUGUGGACAGUUCGCGCUGGUUUUGGCGGUCUGGUUUAUCAGUGGUGAUUGACUUCAGUACCGACAGCACAUGUUGAACAGACAUGUGUUUGUGUUCGAGCUGUACCGUCAGUCCGAGUAAAACCGUGUAAAUGCGAGUGUUUUGUGGAGAUCGGAGGAGCAUGGCACCGUGGAGGAUCGCGUUCAUCGGUUUACUGUGGGAGUUCCAUUGUUGUGUGUGUCGUGAGGUUUCUGUCCCGGCCGGUCCGCUGUACCGGGUGGCCGGGUUCUCGCUGUCCCUGCCCUGCACCGUGACGGGAUACGAAGGUCCACGGACGCAGGACUUCGAGUGGUUCCUGUACCAUGAGAAUGCCAAGGAUCAGCAGAUCGGAGUGGUGUCCACGCGAGAUACGGGGUUCCCGUACGCUCCAUUCCAAGGCCGCGUGCGGUCGGGCGAGGUUCGUGUAGAGCGGGAUUCGGACGACAAAGCCAGACUGAUAAUCCAGAGGCUCCGCCCAGAGGAUCAGGGACGAUAUGAGUGUUACACGCCCAGCACUGACACCCGCUACUUGGGCACCUACAGUUCAUCAGUGGACGUCAAAGUGAUUCCGGACACGCUGCUGAUAACACACUCUCGCAUUCUGAGCGGCCAGCCGGUGAUCGAGGGGGCGGAGCUUCAGCUCACCUGCGCAGCAUCCAUCCAAUCAGAGCAGCACACUCACGUGUCGGUCACGUUCAGUGUCCGGGGCAGUAAAGGGGCGGAGUCAGCGGGUCACAACCUCAGAGAAAUCAUCGCCUUUGACCGCCAUCUGCGCGUGGCCCCGGGCCGAGGCGGAGCGUAUGAGAAGAGAUACAGAGAUGGAGAGAUCGCUCUAGAAAAGAGGAACGGAGAUGGAGGGAGGGAUCUGUACGUGCUGAAAAUGAGCACGCUGGCACCGGGGGAUUCUGGGGCGUAUUUUUGCGAGGCUGUGCAGUGGAUCAGAGACCCGACGGGCAGUUGGGAACGCAUCGCGCAGAGGACCAUGGAGCUGGGAAAUCUCACCGUUCAACCACUCGCGGAAACGCUUGCCGUACGCUCGAGACCAGAAGGUGUCGUCUCGCUGCAGACCGGCUCUCCGCUCACCCUCACCUGUCAGGUGUCCGGUGUGGGCGUGUGGAACCGCUCUGCGCUCCUCGUCCAGUGGAUGCGGCGCGGGCCGGCGGGCGGAGUUGAGGUGGAGGUGGCACGCAUGGGCACUGACAGCGUCGUGAGCUGGGGUGAUGAUGCCAGCAGGGCGGGAGGGGGCAGUAUGGAGAAAGAGGCAGACGGGAAGUUUUCUCUGCGGUUGUUUUCCGUUCACCCCGCAGAUGCCGGACUCUACCGGUGCGCUGUGAGCGUGUACGCCGGACGGCUGACACCGGGGCCGUCGAGCCCAGCUACCAUAACACAGAGAUCAGAGUGGGUCGCUGUUAACUUGAAAACCGAUGAUGUCCGUGUAUCCGCCACCAUCGAUCUACCCCAUCGCCCGCUGCUGAAACGGGGCAGUACGGUCACGCUUCUCUGCAACGUCUCUGUCCUGACCACCGGUUCUGCUCAGGUGGAAGUGCAGUGGAUCCAGAAACCAGAAGACCCCGAGAGGAAAGACGUCACGCUCUCAGAGGACAGGGGAGGACGGGUCCUGGCGACUCUGACCUACGACGGCCUGACACGGAUCUACAACGGCAGCGAGUUGAGCGUUGACCGCGUGUCUCCCGGUUGCUACAGGUUGAGGGUUUUCUCGGCCCGUGAGGAGGAUCAGGGUCACUAUAUGUGUCAGGUGGAGGUGUGGUCACAGGACCCACACGGCGGGUGGUACAACACGGGGGGCAGAACGGAAUCAAGGACCGUACACUUGUACCUGUACGCACGAGUUGCUGAUCUGCUGCUCGUUCCUCUGGUGGUCGGCGUGUCGUCUGCUCUGUUUGUGGGCGUGUUGAUCAUCGCGACUGUCACGUGCUGCUUCAUGAACAGACUGGCGAGGCAGCGAUCCCAAAUAAGGAAGUAGAAAACAGACAUGAACUUCUGGUUUAGCUAUCUUGUCACACUUGAUUUAAAUGUGCGCUCAGAAAGGUACAUCAAAUAUCUCAAUUGUGUGCAUGACAACACUCGUAUGUUCACAAACGCACGCAGACUGCUGUGAUAUUUUUAUUAUGCGUUUUUAUCCACUCCACUUUUGGCAACCGGCCUGCUCGGAGAGGAACGAGGUACGGAAAGAAGUAUCCUCCUGUGUUUAGGCUCAAUGCGGUUUUGUAGAAGAUCUACAGAAGCUCAGAACUGAAACCCCUCGCACGCUGUGGAUGCACUACUAUGAAAUCUGAGUGACGUGUGUAUAUGGAAAGCCGUGUUUUUUUUCCAGUGAAGGACAGUCAUUUCACCACAAUGUGACUCCUUUGGUCUCGAGAGUCCUGCGACCUGCCGGUGUUCUUCCAGUCUACUUUAUUCUAAACCAAGAUAAUGUCCAGGUCAUUUUACCAAGCAACAUUUCAAAAGAAAUCAAUCAUAUUUGGAUUAUACUCAAACGUGUAAAAACAAUGUUAUUCUUAUUAAUAUGAUUAAUACCGUGACUGCAUAAAUGACAUUUAAGUACAGCAAAUACUACCUAAUGCACUUUAUGAGAAUAAGUUUUUAUUUAGUUUUCUGAUAAUUGGGGCUUAAAUGUGAGUCACAUUAUUAAAAAGUCUUCAUGGUCUUGAAACGGGCUGCUUUUGACCUGGACAUUUCUUGUCAGUUUUGUUUGCCUGAAUGCAACACAAAUGUGAGCAAAGGGAUCAGAACCACUGAGAAAACAAACGUGCUGUUGGGAAUUCAGAUAUAUGCAGUAUAUAUCUACAGUUUACGCUGUCAUAGACACAGACCUGUGAGACGACACACUUUCAAUGGAGAUCUGUGUCUGCUGGACGUCUACUUGACAUUCCUACUGCCCGUACGGGAAUGAUGUGGAAUCGUCCCUUUAAAAUGAUCUGAAAAACGCCAUGUUAAUCCUGUGUUGAUGUGCUUUUAGUUGACAGUUUUCUGCAUCUGGGUCAUUCUGCAAAACGGAUGUUUAAUAACGACUACCACAAAUAACUUUAAAUAAUCCUUUUUUUUUUUUUUAAACAUCCUUAAAUUUUUAUCCCGUCAUUUUUUUGAAGAUAAAGAAACACUUUAUCCCAACAUGUAUUAAUCAUUAUUUAUUUACCCUUAUAUGUGGCAAAUCCAAUUAUUAACCAAAAACUACUUUGAUCUUAUUCAAUCACUUCUUUUUUGUAAAUGGAAGAAGUUGCUUGUGUCGAAGAAUGACCCAAAUGUUCCAGUAAUCCGGACUUCUCUUUAAAGCAUUGAAGUUCUUCAUUGUGAAACGUCUUUGUAUCUGUCUAUAUGGGUCAAGCCGGUCUUUUCAAAAGAUGAGAAUUCUUUUUUGUUGUAAAUCCCUCAUUUAUAGUCACAGAAUUGACUGUGAUGUUGUCUUUACUGCGACCUUCAUGCACUCUUUUAUUGUACUUUGAGAAAAAAAAGGAUUUUGUGUUUUCUGUUCAUAUUUACAGCGUUCAGCUGCUGAAAUCUGAUUUAUCCUCUUAUGCAAUGAAGUCACGUGACCAAAGGCUAAACGACAGUCAGAAUAUUAAUCCUCAUGUUGACCGUCUCUGUCAUCUGACGUCAGUUUGACCUGCAUGAGUUUAUACUGUCCUUUAUGAACGUGUUUCAUCAUCUCAUAAAUCAAUCGUAAUUGGAUUUGCUCAACACCAGGAUGUCUUAUAAUACCUGGAGAAACCACCCAUUAGCGCUCGUGUUUGUUCGUCGAUUGUCUGGCACAUUCGACUAUACUCUUAACUAUUUUACAAGAUGGCUAUUUUGUAUGAAUUGAAUGACGUGAACAAUACAAAAAUGCAUGAUUGUCAAAAAAGCAGUAAUGUAGUCGCUACCUUAACCUACUACCCCUGAACUCAUGAAUGAGAUCAUAUGAUUUUAUACAAAUGAACCACGUUGUAAAAUAGUUGAGCUUGUGUUAGACAUUCAGUAUUAAUAUAGUGGUUUAACUAUAGCAAUGUUCAUUUCAUGCAAAACAAAACGGUCACUCGCGAAACAUCUGUGACCCGCAAGUAUCUGUGAUUGAUGUGAUGUUUCCAAACUAUUUCAGAAAACACAAUUCCUAAAACACUGCCGAUUGCUUUGGACAAAGACUUUUUUAAAUAACAUGCACUAAUAAAUCUUGUGUAGUGCAAACCACAAACUUUAAGAAUGUAAAUGAUUCAAUUUAAAGGGAGAGUUUACCGCAAAAUAAAAAUGUGUCAUCAUUUAUUCCUCCUCAUGUGGUUGUAGAUCUGCAUGUGACUCUUUCUGUAGUGGAACACAAAAGAAGAUAUUUUGAGAAAUGAUGGUUUUGGGUGAACUGUCCCUUUAAGUUGACUUUAAAUUAGCAAUACAAACAAAAUGUUUUUCUUGUGGAAACUGCGGCAUUCGAACUUUCAAUGUUUGUUAUUUAAUGCAUAAUCCAGAAGUCGUGUUUUGUUUUGAAGGCUUUGUAACACUUGCACUGCGUUUUGGGAGAUUUUACUGUACGCUGUCAGUGGUUUACUGUAUACUGUUCAUUUCGUUUGUGUAAACUGUGCUACAGGUUCCUAAAUAAAAUUGCCCGGAUAGAAGGAGAGGUCAGGUU